UCCAACACCAGCUCGCCGGGCCCCUUCGACCCCACCACGCAAACAUUCUUCGUCCUCGCGGCAGACGGCAAGACGCGGAUCCCCGUCAACGCGGCGGCCGUGACCAAGAUCAUCACCGUUGGGAGCUCCCUGGCCAUCCUGUACGGCACCCAGAUCGGCGCCUGCAUCGUCAUGCUGGCCGUGGUGCUGGCCAUGACGCCGCGCACGCGGUUCCGGCGCCUGCCGACCAUCAUCAGCAUCGCGGCGCUGGUCGUCAACAUGCUGCGCAUGGUCUUCCUGGCCUGGUUCACCACCUCGACGUGGGUCAACUUUUACACGCUGGUGUCGGGCGACCCCAGCCCCGUGUCGCGGUCCGACUACAACGCCAGCGCGGCCGGCACCGUGCUCAGCAUCCCCGCCACCAUCCUGAUCCUGGCCGCGCUUAUGGUGCAGGCCUGGUCGAUGCUCAGCCUCUGGCCGGCGCUGUACAAGCUGCCGGCCGCGCUGCUCUCGCUGGCGCUGGUGCUGGCCACCAUCGCCUUCAACUUCGCCGUCACCGUCCUGCAGACGCGCGGUAUCCUCGACCCCAGCUUCGAACCCCGCCUCGUCCACCUCGUCUGGGUCCGCCAGGCCUACCUCGGCCUGAUCACCGCGUCCAUCUGCUGGUUCUGCUUCCUCUUCAACGUCCGCCUCGUCAUGCACAUGUGGACCAACCGCAGCAUCCUGCCCUCGCUCCGCGGCCUCAAGGCCAUGGACGUGCUGGUCAUCACCAACGGCAUCCUGAUGUUUGUGCCCGGUACGCCACCCAGCCCUUUGCUCGUCUUCUCCGCCCUCGAGUUCCAGCAAUGGGACAACUUCGAAUCCGCCUCGCUGACGCAGACCUCCGUGAUCAUCGUGCUGCCGCUCGGCACCCUCGUGGCCCAGCGCCUGGCCAACCCGGCCUGGUUCGGCACCGGAGCCGCCUCGUCGUCCGGCCCCGGCGGCAGCGGUUGCAGCGGCAGC